CGGAUAUUAAUUUGUUGAAAAUUUUUACAAUUUAAUGUUUUGUAGUAGAAUAAUAAAAAUAUUAUUAUAAAUAAUUUGUUCCACUUUAUCCGUUAGCUUUAUUAUGAUCAGACGUCAAAUUCCUCGGCCUCGAUAUAUUAACUAUCAGCACGUUUCGAUCAUAACGAAAUGCGACUUGGCAUUCUUAUCAGUUAUGCAUUGGGAUUGGAAUUUUCUUGUCUUGAAUUAGCUCCAUAAACUGAUAUCACAAUUAUCAAUGCAAUCUCCCAAGGAAUACUCGAAAGACUACAGUUACGGCUGCGAGAACAGUCCAACUAUGACUUCUCUUAGCGCAAGUGCAAGUACAAGCAGAGCUAAUUCUCCGCCCCCGAUGAAGCCAUCACUUGAACAAUCUCUAGCCUUCAAUCUCAACGGCGACAUCGACCACGAUGAAAAGACAUUGACCGAUGAGCAUAACGCCCCUCAUAGACAGCCGAGGUCAUUUUUUCGUCGUGUUCAUGGCUGGUCAUGGCAAGCUUGGCCCAUAGCAAUGGGUACUGGCGCUGUUUUUGUCUUGAUGAGUAACCUCUACAACGCACCCGAUUGGGUCGUAUACCCAGAACUUAUUUUCUUCUUCUUCGUUUGCGCCUUGUUUAUUAUCAAUGUCACUCUCCUUCUUUUUCAAGCCAUAUUAUUCCCGUCUCAAUCAAUAAGACUCGUAAAAGACCCUGUAAAAGGUGUCUUUGUACCACUCGUUGUACUUUCUUUCGCUACUAUUGUCAUUGGUAUUUCCCAAUAUGGUGUUGGCGACUUUGAGGUCGUCCCUCCACAGGCACUCGUCGUAUUGUUUUGGAUCUACCUCGCAAUGGCCAAUCUCGUUUGCGUUCCAAUGCUCGUUAUAUGGUUCAAUUGUGAACAUAGCACAACAAUAACAAGCUUUUCUCCGGCGUAUAUGUUCCUUGUCUUCCCUCUGAUGCUUACAGGUGUUGUCGGAUUCAACUGUUUGAACGGUGUUGCAAAGGACUCAAAUGAUGCACUGGUUAUUCUAAUUGUCUCUUAUGUCUUUCAAGGACUUGGUACACUGGUUACUUUCAUGUAUUUGGCUAUCUACUGCCUUAGAAUCAUCACAACUGGAUUCAUGGAGGGUCACCAAGCAAAUGGCGCAUUCGUUGCGGCCGGUCCUCCAGGUUUUACAGCUCUCGCAUUGAUAAAGUUAGGUGAACACGCUCGAGACAUCUUCAAUGCGGGCCAAGCUUUGAAUCCACUUGCUGGUGAGGUCUUUUACGAUGUUGGUAUACUCUCUGGAGCUAUGCUUUUGGGUUGUUCAUGGUUUUUCUUUGUGAUGGCGGCUAUUCCUUGGGCAUUCAAGGUACAUUUCCACAGUCAUGAGGUACUCGGAAUGUGGGCGUUGACUUUCCCGCUGGUUGGUAUGAUCUCAACUUUCAAAGUUCUUGGAGACAUAUUCCACUGCAAAUUUCUGCAUAUGUUACACGUGGUGUUCACUAUACUCAUAUUGAUAGCUUGGGUAUGCCUCAUGACCACAACUAUUGUCGCAUUUUGUCGCGGAAAGAUAUUCAAAUCGCCGACAGAAGAGGUCUUGAGUGAUACCGUUUUCCCGCCGCUUACAACGAAGAAAAACCAUAAGAGUAAGAGUAAGCAAGCUGCUAAACGUUAUGACGAAGCACCAUACAUUGUUUAAAAUAUUACCACUCCUUCUAUCAUUCUACGGACACCAUUGUAGUUUUUAUUGUUCAAUUUCAU